CAAACAAAGGGAAAAGAGGUUGGAUUAAAUUACUUUAUCUAUUUGAAAAGUCUUCAGUGUCUUUGAAGGCCACAUUUCUGUUUUGUGACUUAAACACCUGUCUACAAAAUUAUUCCACUGGAGAAAAUGAAUAUGGCACAUUUGUUAUUUUUUUCCAAACUGCUCAUCGUUAAUGGUAUCCUGGCAGUAGUAACUGAUGGUGAAAUUACAAUUGCAAUUCAAACAAGUACAAUAGGUUCUUCGAGUUUUGUUUCAACACCUGAUCCUGAAAUUACUUUCAGCGCCAAUUCAUAUAGUGGAGAGACUUUGGAUAGAGUUACCACAAAGGAUUAUGAAAUUGCUUCCAGUGCCAAUGCAUCUGAUAACCACACUAUUGUAACUACUGAAAUAUAUAGUACUACUAGUGCCAAUCGGAGUCCUAACCCAGCAGAGGAUGUUAGUAUCAGUGCCUUUCCAGAUAACAGUUCCAAUGCCAGAACCACAGGUCCAACUACCUCUACUGAGCUACAGGAAGCACCAGGUCAGAGAUCGGACACACAAUCAUCUUCAGCCGCCAUCAUCACUUCAAUGAGCUAUACUGGCAACUCAGGUUCCAAAGUGAGCAGCAGUCAGGAACUGUCCACAACUCUUCACACUUCAGUAGCUGUUCAGGAAGUAAGAAGCAAUUUGGGACUUGCCAUAGUAACUUGGGUCCUGUUCCUUAUUUUAAUUUUAUUUCUCAUUAGCGUGCUGGUUUGUUACCUGCGCAGAAAGAGACGUAAGUAUUCCUUCGACCUCUUCCACAAAACCGCUGAAGAUGCUGACAUUCCCUUGAGUUGUCCAGUUAUUCCUGGCAUCCUUGAAGCAAAUCCAGACAGAGAAGAAAACGAUUAUGUUAAGACGAAUGAAGACGUGGUCAACCAUGAUAAAACUCCAGUGCUGAACACAGACUUCUCUGAGGAAAUUAAAGAGACGCAGAAAAACUGUGAGACUGAAACAAACCACAGCCCAGCAAAUCCUGGCCAGGAGAACACAGACAACCUUGAUGACUGGAAUUACAAGCCUCCAGGCUCUACUUUCACUGACAUUGACCUGAUGGACUGUGUUACUGUUCAGUGAUUCCCAUGUUCCCGCUCAGAAUAUCCUUGGAGAUAGGAAGCUGUGCAUCUGAUUGAGACCUGAAGAAGUUUGUCAUCAAAUCCCAUAAUGUUAUGUAAAGUCAGAUCCCACUCUUAUUUGGUCAAACAGGAAAACGACUUAAUCGCACUUGAGCCCAAUUCCUGUGCCCCGCUGAAAAGUUAGGAUUAGUUGAAUCUCUUUUUGAUAGAUCGUGCCAUGAAAAUGGAAGAUUGACUUUGCACUCACUGUGACUGGUCUGAAAUAACAAAGGUUUCUUUCCAUGCACGGAGGAAUUGUUUAAGAUUUGAAAUUUGUUGUACUCCCCCUUUUAUCGAGUAAUUAAACCAAAUAAUUUAUCAUAACUUUGUGCAGAUUUUUGAUGAUUUCACAGCCAGCACAGCAAGCGUAGAUGGCCAAGUGAAAGAUCAAUUAGGGGCAAAGCUUGGGAAUUUUCUGCAUUUUUGGGAGGGUCUAAUUGUUAUGGUGUUUGUGUCACUUCAGCUUGAAGUAACAUUCAUCCAUGCAUACAGGAGUCUUGCUUCAACAACAAAAAAUAUUUGUCAAAAUAAAUAUUUUCAUAACAUUUCUUGUUUAUUCUGAAGGUGAAAGUUAUGAUGCUUGAUAUACUAUAUGCGCUUUCAUUGUUUUUUUAAUGCCUUGAGGUGUUGUAUAUGAUUCUUAUCCCACUGUGUAUGGAAUGUUUUAAAAUGUUUAUGUCAAAAGCAGAUGCACAAUAAAAAUACAUUUGACUUUUCUUAGUAA